AUGCCGCUGCCUCGUGCUAAAAAUCUUACUGAAAAUGACAUUCUUCAGAGUCUCAAUGACUCAGAAUAUGAGUCAAACUCGGAAGAGGAUCCUUUUGAAGAUAAUGGGACGGAUGAUAAGUACAGCCCUAAUAAUGAACGAGAGGAAUCAUCCAGUUCUUCAAGUUCUUCCUGUGAAGAUGAAGUCUCGGUUGAUGAAGAUGACAACGAGAUUACUGCGAAUGAAACACAAAACGAUGGUUUCGCAGUUCCACCCACUAAAAUAAAGAAAAAAGCAGGAGCUCUAUACGAAGCAGUCUCAAAUUUUAGAUCAGGCUCAAAAAAUAUUAACAGGAAGUGA